CAAAGCCAAAAUUCCCUCCUUCUCCGCAAUCUCUAAUUGCUGGCUGCAUGCAUCUCCAUUUCCCUCCCUUCUCCUGCAUCUUCACGCACCAUACUCACCCUAUUUCGACUUUAUCUCAAUAGCUUUGACUGCACUCUCUCUACAGUACUUCCAUCUUAGCCGGACUCAAGAUGGAAGCGCUGCUCUCCCUCGGCUUUGACAAUAUUGCGUCCAAGGACACGCAGAAGAUUCGGAAGGGCCUUCGCCAGAUUGAGGGCAUGCUCGCCCAAAUUUGUCUGUCGGGUGGGAAGUCGAAACCAUCAACACCAUCACACCGACGGAAUGCGUCCGCAAUCAAUCUCGGCGAGCAACAAAGCCCGAAGAAACUCAGCGCGUUAUCUGAGGACCUCGCUUUUAGGGAAUUUUUCAGGUUACAGGAAGGCUUUGAGUGGAAUGUUGCAACGAGAGUGGUUGACUGCCUCGAACGCCUGCUGGGGAUGGCUAGUACUCGAUCAGAUGGUCAGAACGAUCUUCUUAUCCUCUCCGCGCUCUCAAAUCUCCAGGGCCUACUCCUCCUCCACCCACCAUCCCGCACAAUAUUUGGCCGCGAGAUAUACAUGAACAUGCUAUUGGACCUGCUCGACCCGUACAAUUGCCCGGCAAUCCAGUCGUCCACUCUGUUGGUUCUAGUCACUGCACUUCUCGCAACGCCUCAGAAUACACGGACAUUCGAGAGCAUCGAUGGGUUGCUUACAAUAACGAGCUUAUUCAAGUCCGACGAGACGACACAGAACGUCAAGCUAAAGCUGCUCGAAUUCCUAUACUUUUACCUUAUGCCCGAAGUUCCGGUAUCUCCUGCCAGCGCUCCAAAUACCGCGAUGGGCUUACAUCGAAGUCCAAGCAAAUUGGUCAGUGCCUUUGAGAAGCGGAACAGUACUGUAAGCGGAGACGAUCCUGGAGGAGCAUCGAGGAAGAAUAUUCGGACCCAAGAGGAGAAGCAGCACCUGCUGGGGAGAUACUUGAACAACGUGGAGGGGCUGGUGCAGGAUUUGCGGGAGACUGCACCGUUCACCCCUAUGGCGUGUUGA